UUGAAACGAGAGCGUCAAUAUAAUUAAAUCGUCAGUACGCGAAAGUCGACUAAUAGUACGCAUCCUUGCGAAAGUCAUCGCAAAGCCAUCGAUGUUAUGAAAACAUCGACUAACAGUGUGCAUCUUUACAAUUCUUGUAAACUACGCAAUAAAUAUAUGAAUAAAGACAGACGAGUUUUAAUGGAAAUAGAUGAUGGACAAAUUCGUGAUUAAAAAGAAAAGGGAAAAUUACAAUAACAAUAAUCAAGAAGCCUCAAAUGAAGGAGGCAUGUCAGAGACUGCUGAAAUCAAAAGAAAGUUUAGAGCUGAGUGGCUCACCACUUUCGCAUGGCUGUCUAACAAAGAUGGUUCAGCCUUUUGUGAGGCAUGUAAUAAAGGCGUAGUGAAUCACUUGCCUCAUUUGGAAAGGCAUGAAACUAUUACUGCCCACGUUAAAAAUAUGGAAGGAAACAGAAAGAAAAUUUCAAUUGACUCCUUUUUAGAUGUAAAUAAGAGGCAAAUACAUAAAAUGGUACAAAACGCUGAGCUCACAUUGGUAAUGUUCCUGAUAUCGCACAAUUUACCUUUCACAUUGAUGAACAACUUUCCUGAGCUGCUGGCUGAAUGUGGUCCUGACUCAGAAGUGGCAAAACAUUUGAAAAUUGCAAGAACUAAAGCUACGCAAUUAACGGAAACAAUUUGUUUUAAUACAAUGAAAGAAUUAAUUUCGGAACUUAAGUCGAGUAAGUUUUCACUAAUUAUUAACGAAACAACAUAUGUUUCCGCAAAAAAGUGCUUAGAUAUGUCGCCAAUCUAAUUGUUCGCGAUCGAUUCCUAGCUUUAAUAGAAUUGCCAAAAUGUGACGCAAAUUCAGUGUUUGCAGCUAUUAAAGAUUUUUUCCGUGCAUAUGAGAUUCCAAUUGAAAAUGUUAUUGGCUUGGCUACGGACGGAGCUACCGUAAUGGCGGGACAUUUAAAAAGCGUAAGAACUCUAUUUGAAGCGGAAACAGAUAUUUUUUACUUAAAAUGUACAUGUCACUCACUCCACCUCUGUACAAGCUAUGCUUGCAAAAAAUUGCCACAGCAAAUAGAGUGGCUGUGUCGAAAUAUUUACGGGUUUUUCUCGCACAGCCCUAAGCGAGUAUACGAUUUUAUAGAAUUUCAGAACUAUUGUGCGGUAAAACCACACAAAAUUUUAGGGAUAUCCCAUACAAGGUGGCUCUCAUUAGAAGGAGUUAUUUUGCGCAUCCUUGAACAAUAAGCGACCAUAAUUUGAAAAGCGAUUUGGAUAUUAAUUCUUUUUGGCAAAAGGUAGCAAGCUUUUAAAAUGGAUUGGGCGAGAUAAUGUUCCCGGAACUGACCAAUUUUAUUUUUAAUUUAUUAACCUUGCCGCAUAGCUCUGCAGCUGCAGAAAGAAAGUUUUCGUCCCUUAAUCUUAUUAAAACAAGUCUUAGAAAUAAAUUAGAAGAUAAGACUAUCCAUAAUAUUAUGGUAUGUAAAGAAUUAGUUAAAAAUGAAAUGCAUUAUGUAUGGUCUCCUGCAAGAGACUAUAAGCCGAUAAAGUGAAACCAACACUCACGGAAAAAACUAUUAGCACUAAGAACUUUCUACAAUGUGUCCAAACUUUUUUAAUUUAAUUUUU